AUGACCAGCAAAGCCAAAUCUAAGGCAGAGGAGGCCGAACAAUUCCUCAACGACCUUGAUACACUGUCUCCUUCGCCAGCACCGAGCGGCAAAGCCACUCCAGCGCCCGCAAACCAGGGCGACCCCGCAGACGUCCUCGCUUUCCUGGACGAGAUCACUCAGAAGAGCUCGGAGCCGACUCGCAUUGCCCACAUUGAUCGACCACUCUCAAGAGCGGGAACUCCUACUCUGAGGAAGAGCGGGGAAAGGGUCAAAGUGGGUGCUUCUGGGUCAAUACAGAAGGUAUCCUCUGUAUCCUCGACGUCGCUGCCUUCGGCUGCGCCUGCAGCGGCCUCUGCCCCGAGCUCCUCGGAGCAACAGGAAGCCUCUUUUAAAGGUGGAUGGGGAUGGGGCAGCGUUUGGUCGAGUGCAUCUGCCGCCAUACAACAAGCGCGCACUGUUGUGGAUGAACAGGUCAAGAACCUACCGAAGAACGAGCAGGCUAAGAAAUGGAGCGAAGGCGCCAUUGCGUAUGCGAAGACAGCCCAAGAUUAUGCUAAAACAGCGCAGCUGGACAAACUCAGCCAAGACUUCAAACGAGUCGGGCUAUCCACUUUGACUGAUAUCUUGAAUGUCGUUGCCCCUCCCAUCGCGGAGCAUGAAGUUAUACAAGUUUGGUUGAGCUAUGAUAUGCAAGGAUACGAUGGAGUGCAGUCCAUCGUCUAUCGUGCACUGGCCCGGAUCAUGGAGCAGGUAGAAGGCGGUGACCUGAUUGUUAACAAGGGCGACGAGUCGCAUCCCAAAGAUGAAAACUCUGCUGCUCGAGACAUGAAUGCUGCCGAAGGUCUGGAGGCCGCCAUAAAGCUUGCUCAGGCCAACCUUGAGGAGCUCGUGAAACGAGAUGUUAAGCCCACUGUCUCACAACAUUCGUCUGCGGAAGUGCCGGUGACCUACACCCAUAUCUACAUCCGCAUACAACCCUUCACCACAUCUAUCACCGUCCCGGCUUCUCCCACCCCCGCGGAUGCGGAACCCAAUUCACAAGGCGAACAGUCGUCACAAUCUAUCUUGCAAUUUCUUAUACAACUUGUGGAUCCCGGGCAUAACCUCUCGCACGUGACUAUAACGCAGAGCGUGCCUGCCCGGUGGCUGGAGAUUUGGGACAAGUAUGAAUGGGUGGAAGAUAUGGUUGUCGAGACGCUGCGUCAAGGCGUCGAGGUUCUCGGACAAGAGUACGUCGUUGCUCGGAUGCGAUGGGACGAUGAAACGAAGAACGAGGACGCGCCUGCCCCCGCGGCAGCUUGA